CCGUCGGCACCAUGGCGGCGGCGUCGAGCGGCGAGGAGAAGAAGGAGCGUCCGGGCGGCGGCUUAGGAGCGGCCGGUGGUAACAGCACGCGAGAGCGGCUGCUCUCAGCGCUGGAAGAUCUGGAGGUCUUGUCGAGAGAACUUAUAGAAAUGCUGGCAAUUUCAAGAAACCAAAAGUUGCUACAGUCUGGAGAGGAAAACCAGGUCCUGGAGUUGUUAAUUCACAGAGAUGGGGAAUUUCAGGAACUAAUGAAAUUGGCACUUAAUCAGGGAAAAAUCCAUCAUGAAAUGCAAGUUUUAGAAAAAGAAGUAGAAAAGAGAGACAGUGAUAUUCAGCAACUACAAAAACAGCUAAAGGAAGCAGAACAGAUACUGGCAACAGCUGUUUACCAAGCAAAAGAAAAACUCAAGUCAAUAGAAAAAGCAAGGAAAGGUGCUAUUUCCUCUGAAGAAAUAAUUAAGUAUGCACAUAGGAUUAGUGCAAGUAAUGCUGUGUGUGCCCCACUGACCUGGGUCCCAGGGGACCCACGGAGACCAUACCCAACUGAUUUGGAGAUGAGAAGUGGGUUACUGGGUCAGAUGAACAAUCCUUCCACUAAUGGAGUAAAUGGUCAUCUCCCGGGGGACGCACUUGCAGCCGGCAGACUGCCCGAUGUCCUUGCUCCACAGUACCCAUGGCAGGCAAGUGACAUGGCGAUGAGCAUGCUCCCACCCAACCACAGUCACGACUUCCUGCUGGAACCUCCAGGGCACAACAAAGAAAACGAGGACGAUGUAGAGGUUAUGUCAACGGACUCCUCGAGCAGCAGCAGUGACUCUGAUUAGAGGCCGUAAGACAAAAAGCAUACAGAAUUGAAUACUAUAGAAAUCUGUUUCUUAAAUGGCAAACGUGGAAAGCUAGCCAGGUGAUGUUGGCUGUAGUGGAAUUGUUCUGCCAUUAAAAAUCAUAGUGGACUUUCUUUUUAAAGCCCAAAAGUAUGGUUUCAGUUCUAAACCACUAGGUUAAUACUUUAAGAAAAAUCACACUUUACUGUUGGGGUACAGCUUUUUCAGUUAAAUGCUGUCUUACCUUGUUCUGUUCCAGUUGUGUUGGACUUGUGCAUAGUACUGGAAAUAAGAUUUGAGGGGAAUGACCCAUGUGCAUAUCACUAAUUGGCCUCCUGGGAUUAUUUAGAAAAGCAUAAACAAGAGCAGCACGUCACUCAGUGUGCACUGUAUACCAGAAACCUUCAUUUGAAAGUAAAGGCUGUUACUUUCUGUCACAGGAAGAGGAGAAAUCAUCUCAGUUUAUACUGUAUAAUUAUUGUAUUUUUUGUAAAUAAACUUGUUUGUAU